UGCAUCCGCCCCCAAUCGCCCCGCAGCCUCCUUUCCUACGCGUGAGGGAUCCAUUCCCACGAUUUUUUUCCGCGGCGCGUGCCACUUCGUGGGAGCCUACGAGCUUUUCCUCUGCGGCGGCGCAAGGGGCGGCACAUGCAGCCACCACGGCAACCUGCUCCUGUCCGGCGGCGCAGCGGCGGGAUGCUUCAACGACGCAUGCUGUCCGUCGGCGGCCAGCACCCUCAGUGGCGCGGCGGCGAGCACAUCCCUCAAUGGAACAACGGCUGUAGGAAUUUGGAGAGGUCCAGCGGCGAUGACCUCGACCUGCCCUGUGGUGGUGACAUGCGAGGUGAUCUGCUAGGGAGAGGACAACCCCGUCCUCCGAUUGCAGCCCUUGCCGGCGACGAUUUGGACUCCAUGUAAGCGGUGCCGUACCCAUCCAGCGAUGACCCCUCUGCUGCCUUCGAACAAGAGGCCAACGGCAACCCAUUUGUGAAUGGUAUGGAUCAUAGGCUCUUGAACUCAAUUCCAUGUUAGAUGAGAUGAAUUUCUUGUGCUGUGUAGUCAACCAGGAUGGCAUAGUAUUUUAGUUUUGGACAGACAAAUAACAAUCUUGUAUGAAGGAAAGUUCAGUGGAGAUAAAGAAUUGAGAACUUCUAUUGGCAGCCAAAAAGGAAAUGAAGAAAUAAGUAGGCGAUAAAUUGAGUGUUUUCAUCAGGCUGUUAUGAAGCUGUGGUAUUGUUUCAGUUUCAGUGACAAAGAUUCACAUAUGAAAAGUCACAUGAAACUUGCACAGAACCUAUUGCAAGACAACCCAGAGACUUGUCGCAUUGCCUGCUUGACCAUGGCUUCAGGAUGGCAGGAUCCACAAUAUAUCAAGAAGUAAUGCACCUACCAGUCCAUUUGAAAUGUAAAAACAUAGCAACCAUGGCUCUUUGCUUGCUGACGAAGAUAAUGAAAUCAAAGAAUAAGAUAUGCAGAGCUGCAAAGACGUGUAGGCUAGGCAGUAAAGGAAAAGUUCAGAGAAAACUAAUCUCUCAUAUAUGCAACAAAGCAACUUCGAUAUAUUUUUCUCUCAUCUACCUUUAAUAUUGUGUAGGCUUUUUCUUUGUGCCUAGAUGCUAGAAACUUCAUACUUUGUUCAAGAAAGUAUCUGACAGUGCUUUCUUCAUGCUACCUUGUGACAAUGCAUAUAUGUUCAUACUGUAUUUAAACUUUUACUGAAAACUUAUGACUGAGUAAAUACAUAUAGGAAAUGGAUAUUUUUCCAACAUGAUGGAUGAAACCAAUCUAGGUGAUCUUUAUAAUUAUGGCAACACCUAUGCUGACCAACAGUCACAGGCAAUGCAAGUUGGUCCAGCAGCCCCCUCCGUGAGACCAAACCAUAAGAGAUCAAAGAAUUUCAGUGACCACGAAGAUGAGGUUUUGGUUUCAGGGUGGCUGAAUAUAAGCUUGGAUCCGGUUGUAGGCAAAGAUCAAAAAGAUGGUAGGUAUUGGUCUCUUAUCUGUGAGUACUUCCAUGAACACAAGACGUGCUCCUCAAAGCGUACCAUUAAUUCUCUCAUGCACCGGUGGGAGAGCAUACAAAAAUGUGUGAACAAGUUUUGUGGAUGUCUAACACGGAUUGAGUUAAGAUGUCAGAGUGGUACUACAAUGCAAGACAAGGUUGCAGAGGCAUGUGCUUUGUACAAGUCCGAAGACGAACAUAGCAAAGCAUUUCAGUUCAUGCAUUGCUGGAAUAAGCUGAGAACACAACCAAAAUGGCUUGCUAAAGUUGAUGAAUUGGCUGCUGCUAAAACAUCUAACAAGAGGCAGAAGACAAGCUCUACUGCUGAUCCGAGUGCAACUUUACCAAGUGAAAUAGGACAAGGUGCGGUUGAAGGCCUAGAGGCUAAUGCAUUGACAAGGCCAAUUGGUAAGAAGAAGGCAAAAGCAGCAUUGCUGCAAGAGAAGAAAAAAAAGUGUGACAGCAACCUUAGAAAAUAUGUGGGCACAGAAGAAGGAAACUGAUGGGGAGAGAGAGCAAAAGAAAGAUGAGAGGUUCAACAAAGCAUUUGCUAUUGAACAGUAUCGAGUUGCAAAUGAAAAACUACUUCUUGAGGUGAGGAGUCAGGAGGUUCAGUUGCAGAAAAAGAGGAAUGAAGAGAGGAUUAUGACCAUGGACCUUACUGCCAUGCCAGAUGAGCAAAAGAAAUACUACAUUGCUUGUGGGCUGAGAUCAUGAGCCGAGUACUUAAUUAGAAUUCGAUUCUUCUAAAUACUAUUAGUAGCUAUUGUGAUGUUUUUUCCCAUAUGGUACUGUGUGAUGUUCGAACUUAAUUAGUAUUUUAAUCUUCUAAAGAGUACUAGUAGCUACUGA